AUGCAUCAGCCGGUAGUUGUCAUCAUUGGCGCCGGAGGAUGCGGUUUAGCAGCUGCGCGACGACUUGCGAGCGGUAGAAAACUGGUCAUUGGAAGUCGAUCGCAAAAGAGCCUGGAAGCAACCAAGUCGACUCUUGAACACGAAGGCCACCGAGUCGAAACGCAUCAAGUCGAUGUCACCGACUCUGGCUCUGUCCAUGAGUUCGCGAAGCAGGCGGCGGCGGCAGGAACCCUCGAUGUCAUCGUCCACACGUCAGGAAUAUCACCAGCACAGUCGGGCGAAUCCGCGGACAAGAUCCUCAGCGUGAACAUCCUGGGAACGGCCUAUGUGAUCGAUGCGUUCUUGCCAUACGUAGGUCCCGGGAGCUCUCUGAUUUGCGUAUCCAGCAUCGCGGCAUACAUGACCUGGCUCGCUGGUGCACCACCAACACCGGCCCUCGAGAAGCAUUUCGCCACAGCCCCAUCGUCACAGCUUCUCGAGCACGAUGACUUGAAGAAGAUGAAUAUCGUCGCUACAACAGCGGCCUACCCCAUCUCCAAGCGGGCCAACAAUCUGCGAGUCGAAGGCUUCGUCGUGGCCUAUGGCGAUAAAGGAGCUCGCAUCAAUACCGUCUCCCCAGCAGCGAUCAUGACGAAGAUGGGCCAUGAAGAGUUGGAGAAUGGUCAUCCAGAGGGCAUGGAGUGGAUGAAACAGUGUGGCGGAUUGAAGAGGCAUGCGACUCCGGACGAUGUGGCAGCCGUGAUUGCAUUUCUUGCUUCGAGGGAAGCGUCGUACAUCACGGGCACAGAUAUCUUGCUUGAUGGAGGUUCGCGGGCUGGGAUGCUUUGGAAUCCGAUAGAUGCAGGCGGGAUCCCGACGAAUGGAGUGUCGGAGAGUGAGAAGUCUUAG